ACUGCUGAGAUAUUCUGCAACUGCACACGACUUAUCGCUUUGAAUCUUUGAUUAGAACCAUCUUCAGUGCCGCGUUGGUGCCCAAUCACUUGAUAGCCGCCAGAGUUUGGCAAUGGAUAAGAGAUCAUAGAGAUAUGAACGUGCAUAGUUUAUACUUAAAGUGGACGUAAAUCGGGCCACACGUAAGCACUGAAGAACUUGUUGACAAUUUGAAAAACUUGCAUCGCGUUGAAUGCAUUACGGAGUAUACAUGAUUUAUUGUGUGUCUAUGACGCCGCACUGUCUUUCAAGAAAGGACCAACACUGCAUUGUACAAUUCAUGUGACUAGCAUGACUUGCGAAACCAUCUAGAUUCGGAAAUUUAAAAAAAAAGUAUUAUCAACAGAUUUAAGGAUUCGCGGGAGAGAAACAAAUAGAGCUUCGGUUGCAAUUGUGCUUGUAGCAACAGUUGAUAGCAACGGUAAUAACUGUAAACUCCCGUCAGUCAUGCGCUACCGGAAGUCCAUCGCUCUGCGUCACGCGCCAAUCGUGGUGUUCAUCGCGCUAGAGCUUCUUAUGUGGGAAGUCGACGCCCAACGUCGACCACGUGUACGAAACUCGCCGCGGUUAGGGGCCAGGCUUCCAGAGCAUCUUCAAUCCGCGUACCUCAGCGCCGUCAACUCCAACGCUAACGGUCAGUCUGUAAAUCCGGAUGUGACGACGCAGGCGCCCCAGGGAGGCCAGGGUGGCGGCGGUGGUGGCAGCGGUCCAGAGUUUCAGUUAGGUCUAGCUGGUCGUGAGUGGAGCUCGCUGGCGCCCACUGUGCCGGCCGCUGCCGAUAUCGAGUGCAUGGUGGAGGUCCAAGUGACGCAGAUAAGGGGCGGCCGGUGCACGCGCCUGGCUGGCCGCCAUCGCCCCUACAUUUGUCAGAGCGGGCAGCACUUCUCGUUCGCGCCGCAUUGCGAGGCUCGCAUGAACCAACGGGCCGCGAGGACGCAGGAAGCGGAGCCGGAGGGGUAACUGCAACCGGAAGUUAGGUCGCUGCAGAGCAAUAUUUGUGCAACCCUGUGGGAAAUACAUUUUAACUGAAUUGAUUUUUUUUCUAGCGGAUUGCUGAAGUUUUUUUCUUCUGGUUACGUCACGGGAGUUUUGUUAUUUAUAUAUUAAAUAUUCAAUUUGGUCACUUGUCCUAAAUAAAAGACAAACAGGUGAAUAAACUAGGUUCUUUCCAGCUGAUGCUUAAAGUAAGAGUUUCGUUGUUUCUAACGAUGUUUACUUGAAUGAAAAUCCCGAUGAGCAUAACGGUCUAGAAAACAUGAUUCUAUAUUAAUUUUAUCAAAUGUAUUUAAAUGAGCAUGUCAAUGACAGUAUGGAAAAUACUUAAACAUCUGUAUUUGAUGUAUUUAUACUUAUUUUUCAGAUAUUAAUUAUAAAUGAAAAUAAAAGCUUCUAUAAUAAGAUAAUACUGCAAUCUACACAUUUUUGGCGAUCCUCUCGACAUGCCUUCACAAUAAUUGGGAAAUGAUGUGAUGGAAAAUUUUGCCGAAUAACGCCCCCUUAAUGUCCAUAGACGGAGGUCAAAUAUAACGUUGUUAAAGGUCAAAUACAAACAACCAAUGGUCGAUCUUUUACCAAGCUAACGCAAUAAUGUAAUCGCUACGGAACCAAACUAAAAAUCGUUGUCCAUUGGCCUAUAGACAGCGGACACUUCUUAAAACCAGCAAGCAUUACUAUCGUUAAAUAAAAAGAAAUAUUUCUAAACGUUAAUAACAUCUUUUGAAGAAUUAUUUUUACGAUAAAGAACACAUAUAUCUCCUGAAGAAUCUUUGGUAAUCGGGAACAAGUGAAAUAUGAUUUUUCCGAUACACGAGCCUUGUUCUAAUAAAACUGGGCCACAUGCAUAUGCGUAGUACGCAGCCGACAUCAGCCUGUGCAGUCCACACAGACUAAUCAGGGACAACGAUUUUCGCUUUUAUGAAAUAUUUCAAUUAAAAGGAAGUCUCAUUUUUAAAAUUCUUAAUGGGCGGAAAGUAUAAUCUCUGAUGAGCCCGUGCAUACUGCACAGGCUUGUCUGGGACGACACUCUACGCACAUGCAUUAAGAGCCGUUUUCUAAGAAAGCGAAGUAUCAUUGUUGAUAUUUGUGUGCUUAUUAUGGCUGUAGAUAUUUUAUUGUUGAUGUUUUUGUGCUUAUUAUGGCUGUAGAUAUUUUAUUGUUGAUGUUUUGUGCUUAUUAUUGCUGUACAUAUAUCUAUAUUGUU